AUGGUUCUUUACUUCACUUCAGGCAAUUUCACAAGGAGCUCUGGAGUGAUGUACAGCACCCGGCCCUGUACUGGGGCACGCCUGGCUCUCACCCCUGUGCAGACCUGCUUCAAAGUUCCUCUGACACUGGGCAGUCAAUUCUGCCAUUUGAGGCACUUGCAAGCUCCUCCCUCUUCAUCUUCCUCCUUCCAGAUUCUUUUUUCUGCCCGCUUCCUGGCCUCUUCCUGCCUGGCGGGCAGGGAGCAACCGGAGGCUUCUUUUUAUGGUGAAAGCUACGUGAGGCUCAAUAUCAUAGACGUUUCCUCUGAGCUAACUCUUCAAUUAAAAUUUCAAACCAGCAAACCACAGGGAUUACUUUUUCUUGCAGCUGGGGAAAAUGACUACUGUAUAAUUGAACUUCUAUCAGGAAACUUACGGGUGAGAGUGAAUUUGGGGACAGGUGAACCGGUGCUUCUUUCUGAGCAAAGACUUCGUGUGGAUGACUUGGCUUGGCAUUUAGUGGAAAUGUGCUGUGUUAAGGAUCAUGUCUCUCUCGUUAUUGACAAACACUAUGAGAUGACUGGCCGGAUCACUGGUGGGAUGCACAAUUUGCACUUUCAGCAUGGAAUCUACAUCGCGGGCCACGAUGGACUUGAUGUCUCAUAUCUUGAUGGACAGCUCCCCAAUUUCCGUGGCUGUAUGGAGGAUGUGGUGUUUAACCAGAGGGAGAUCCUUUCCUCUCUUAGAUCUUACCCUGGUUUUAAGAAAGUUUAUGAGGUGUCACUAGGAUGCAGUGAUGAAUUUUUUGCAGGGGAGGAUGAAGCCAUCAAUUUCUUUAGCUCCAGAUCCUAUGUCACCUUCCCAGAGUGGAAGGUCCAACGGGAUGGGCUGUUGGAAUUUGCUUUGCAGACUGGAACUCAACAAGCCUUGCUUUUAUUUCAGUCAGGUAGGGAAGGAGAUUUUGUCGCUUUGGAAAUAGUUAAAGGUUUUUUGAAGGCUCAUGUAGGAAGGAAUAGGAGUGAUACUCAGCUCUCUUCUUUCAGCUCAGUUAGUGACAACCAGUGGCACGAUAUUCAACUCAGAUUCACUGAAAGAUACUUGGGCCUGAUGGUGGAUGAACAAAGAGUAAGGACAAACCUGCCUUUGCAGAGCAAACUGUUUGUAUCUGCAGGCCCUCUCUUCGUGGGAGGUCUUGAUAGACACAAGGGAGAAGAAGUUAGGAGGUUAGGACUUGCCUCUGUGUCUGGGAAAUCUGCUGGAGGAAUCUCUUUUAAAGGGUGCUUAAGAGGCUUGGAAGCCAACUCAGAAAAGAAAGCAUUAAAGGAUGCCUUUGUUUCCAAAGAUAUAUCUGCUGGGUGUAAAACGAAGGGCAGUGAUAAUGAAAACCCUUUCGCAACAACCUUGGAGAAACUGCUGCUGGCAGAAGUUUCCGUUUCCACUGCCGACUCUGAGGCGGGCAAGCCUAGUCUUCAAGAUGUGAGUAGCUAUUUCUUGGUCCUGAAUAACUUGGAGGUCCAAGAAGGUGGGCAAGCCUUACUGGAACAAAGGCAUAUGAAGGUGGAUAUGGAGCUGAAGGAUUUGGGUAUCCAUCAGUCUCAGAUACUCUUUAAAAUAAAGGAGAUGCCUGUUUAUGGGUUCCUUCGAUUAGCUGUUUCCCCCGAGCAAGGACCGGAAAAAGUUUUCACUCUGUUGGAUUUGGAGCAAGGGAAUGUUUGGUAUGUCCAUGACGGUUCAGAAGAACCUAGGGAUUAUUUCACAUUUUCAGUCUCUUCCAACAGCAAGAGGGAAGUGCCACUGCAUCUGCAAGGACAUGUUUCUUAUGUGUUUAACAUUGUUGUCGUUCCAGUAAAUGAUCCCCCAAACCUUAAGCUCCCUGAAGGAAACUUGCUUCUCGUGUUUGAGAAUUCUAAGAAACGACUGACUCCAAAUAUCAUACAUGUUUCAGACCCAGACACAGAUUCCUUGAGUCUUAGUGUCUCAGUGCUUGGCAACUUCAAUUCAGAUGCUGGGUUUUUAGAAAACAUCAAUGUUCCCGGGAGAGCCAUUAGUGGUUUCUCAUAUGGGGAUUUAAGAGAUGGCAAUAUUUUCUAUGUGCACAGGGGCCAUCCAAACUCCCGGAUCCUUCUGAGAGCAAAUGAUGGAGAACUGGUUAGCAGUACAGUGGUGUUGCGGGUCAUGGCUAUUCCUUGGGACUUGGCAGUGGCCAAUCGGACCGGUGUGGCCGUACAGCAGGGUGGUUCGGUUCUGAUUACACAGAGCAACUUGUCGGUGGAGGUUAAUGGUGAACGCCCUGAGGUGGACACCCGUUAUGUUAUCACUUAUCCACCUCGCUUUGGCCAAAUUCAGCAGCAAGGGCCAGGUGGCGAGUGGAAACAAAUCAGUACCUUUUCUCAGCGUUCGGUUGAUCGGAGUCAGAUCCGGUACUGUACUACAUUCAAAGAUUUGCAACUAGAAAAUGUUACGGAUCACUUUAAAUUUAAAGUUGACAUAGAAGGAAAAAGCAGCGAAGAGCUGGUGUUUCCUAUUACGAUACAGUGGCUAAAGUUUACCCUUCUGAAAAAUGUUGCCCUUGAGAUCAGUAAAAUCAACAGGCAUGUAUUGAAUUCUGAUCACUUACAGGCCGUGACAGAGGGGGUGGAAGUAGCUGAGAGGGAACUGCAUUUUAAGUUACUGAGCCCCCCUAAGAAAGGAAAACUGUUAUUUGGCACAGAAGUUCUACAGACAAACUCAGUCUUCAGCCAACAAAACAUUACAGAUGGUAAGAUAAGUUAUGAGCCACAGGAGAGGCCCAGGGAACAUUCACAAGAUAUUUUCAGGUUCUUGAUGGUUGCAAAACACAUAGAAUCAAAAGAUUAUACUUUCAGAAUCAACUUUAAAGCAGAGAGGAGGCACAUUAUUGUAAUGAACAGAGGAUUACUUGUAAAAGAGGGAGAAGGGAAAUUAAUCACAAAGCCGGAAUUAUUUGCUCAAACCUUAGACAAUCGGACUUUCCAAUAUACAGUCACCAAGAGUCCGCAACACGGGAAGCUGAAACUGAUUCGCUUUUCAGAUUUUCCUGGAAAUCAGGACAACAUUACUACCUUCACGGAUCAAGACAUCCUGGGUGAGCGGCUGAUAUAUGAGCACGAUGACUCUGAGACCCAGAGUGACGAAUUCCUCCUCGUGGCCUCCACCGCAGGACCAGACCAAGAGGGAGCGUUCAGGGAUCUUGACACGGAGCAUCUGUCUACAGAAAUCAAAGUCACCGUUUCUGUGGAGUUAAAGAAUGACGAGAAACCAGUGCGCGUGGUGGAUAAGGUCUUUCAGGUUGUGCGGAACGGCCAGCGCUUGUUGACCCUCUCAGAUCUCUGCUACCAUGACCCUGAUUCAGAUUUUGACGACGGGCAGUUGCUCUACAUCCGGCGGGGCAUCCCGAACGGGGACUUGGUGCAAGCCAGUGACCCGACGCAAAAACUCUACCAGUUCAGGCAAGAGGACCUGCGGGAAGGACGCGUGCUCUUCAGGCACCAGGGCGCAGACUCGGCCCGCUUUGUGUUGUUCGUGACGGAUGGUGUCCACUACACAUCAUCCCUCCUUGAGGUCAGCGUGUCAGAUCCCUACGUCCGUGUGGUCAACAACACGGGGCUGCUCGUACAGAGAGGAAAAGACAGCAGCCUCACAACAGCCAACCUCAGUGUCACCACAAACCAAGAUGUCAGAACAGACCACGAAGUCGAAUUCCAUAUUGUUCAGCCCCCAAAGCACGGCAGAGUGCUGGUCAGCAGCUCAGCGCCUGGCUCAUUUUCCAUGCAUGACUUGAAGCAAGGGCAUGUGAUUUACAGGCAUGAUGGCAGUGGCAGCUUCGAUAUGUUCAACCUAACAGUGCGAGUUAAAGAUAUACAUUUAUAUGUGGGAGUCUACGUGCAGGUGGACUCAGAAAGCCACCAACAUCACACGCAAAUUCUGCACAGCAAGACCCUUAUGGCUGAAGAAGGAAAACCAGUAAAACUGAGUAGAGGAAGGCUUCAGGCUGUGCACGAAGACCCUGUUCCUUCAGAGGCAGUGUUCAUUGUUAGAACUCCGCCAGUGCAUGGAUACCUUCGAAGGACUUUACUGGAGGAGGGUAGCGUGAGUACAGAGGAGAAGUUCCCUUUGAUGUUUACGCAGCAGGAUGUUGAUGAUGGUUACAUCCAUUAUGUACAGACAAUGCCUGACCAACAACAGGACCAUUUUAUACUGGAUGUUAUGAGUGGCUUCCAAGCUGUGAGCAGACUUGAAAUCCUGGUGGAUAUUGUCCCUAAACGUAUUCCUCUGGCAGUACAAAAUUUCACAGUCCAGGAAGGUGGCUCCAAGGCACUUCCAGAAGACUAUUUCAGAAUUCCAAGCAAGCAUUUUGAGGGACUUGACUGUGAAUUUGUUCUACUUAAACCACCGAAACAUGGUUAUGUUGAAAAUUCUCAUUUUCCAAGAGUAAAGCUGAUGAAAUUUACCAGGAAACAGGUAGAAAAUGAAUUGAUUUCCUAUGUGCAUGAUGGUAGUGAAGCACUUCUUGACAGCUUCAUCAUCUUUGCAAAUAGCUCAGAGCUUGGAAAACAGAGUUUGCCCCAAACUCUUUUUGUGACUGUUGAAUCAGUAAACGAUGAGGCUCCAGUAAUAACAGCCAAUAAAAUCCUCCAGGUAUGGGUGAAUUCUGUCACUGAGAUUACCCGUGAUGAACUCUGUGCAGUGGAUAGGGACUCCUCCCCACAGGACCUGGCCUACUUGGUCUCUUCACCCAGCAAUGGACAUUUGGCUCUCAAGUCCAUUCCUGGCCGUAGCAUCCAGAACUUCACCCAGGCUCAGAUCAACGAGGGCCAGCUAGUGUUUGUACACACUGGAGCAAUGUCAGGAGGCUUUAAUUUUCAGGUUACUGAUGGUUUGAACUUUGCACCACGACAAAUUUUUAGCAUCACAGCUCGAGCUCUGAUCAUUAGCUUGGAAGUAAACAGAGGACUGAGCAUCUUCCCAGGUUCCGUGAAGCCCCUUUCAUCUCGUGACCUGCGAGCUGUGACCAAUGACGUGGACAGUGAAGGAAACAGAACUAUAACCUUUACUGUCAUACGUUCCCCUAGACUCGGGAGGCUGCUAUGUGUCAAUUCUGACAACAGCACAGAGGACGUUUCCGUGUUUACGCAGAAUCUGGUGAGUGAACAGCUGAUAUUAUACCAGCAUAUGGACUGGAAAAACACAGGCUGGACCGCAGAAGACUCUUUCACGUUCACAGUGUCCUCCCCGCCAGCAGCUCUAGGCCCUGAGAAGUUUCAUAUAACUAUUUCAUAUGAAAUUAACGAACCUGGUCGGCAGAGUCGUCUGCUUGCAAAUACAGGAGCUGUUGUCAAGGAGGGAGACAAAGUUCUCAUCGACCAAUCUAAGUUAGAUGCGUCCAAUCUCUUACUUAAAUUGCCCAAAUCUCAGCGUUCUUCAUAUGAAAUUUGGUUCCAAGUUACAUCUCUUCCUCACCAUGGAACGCUUAUGGUUGGAGAGAGAAAUAUUACCAAAAGAAAACCCAAUUUCUCUCAAUAUAUAAUUAAUAAAUUUGGAGUCACAUACCUUCACGAUGACUCUGAAUCCCUGGCUGAUAACUUUACCUUUGCCAUUUGGCCCAAUGAAAAGAGCAAGUCCACCAUGAAGCCAGAGGCCGACUUUCAUGAAGAGAUGUUUAACAUCACCAUCAUUCCUAUAAAUGACCAAGCACCAGAAUUAAAGACAAAAGGGCUUCGACUGCAAGUUCUGCAGGGCAAUAGGUUGGUUUUAGGACCUGAAAACCUAAAAGUGGAAGAUCUAGAUAGUCCUCCAGAAGAGAUCAGGUAUGUAAUCAUCCGUGAUCCUAAUAAUGGCUUUUUGGCAAUGGCGCACCAUCCGCAUAUACCUGUUCACCACUUCUCACAAGCCGACAUUGAUAACUCUCGGGUGUGGUUCAUACAGGAUGGAAGCCCAUCCUCUGGAGCGUUUUACUUCAGUGUCACCGAUGGCCAACACCGGCCACUCUAUAAGCUCUUCCACCUGGAUGUCAUCCCUGUCUCCAUCACCCUUGUGAACCUCACUGACCUUCUUCUUCCACAAGGCCAGACAAGUGUCACCAUCACCAGUGCUCACUUAUCAGCAGUGACCAAUGGGAGGAGCCCCCAAAUCACUUACAAGGUUAUGUGGCCCCUCCAACAUGGUCAUCUGCUCAUUGAAGACCAGGUGGUCGUCAGUUUUGGACAGGAAGAUGUGAAUUUAGGAAAGCUCUCUUACCACAUGACAAACCUCACUGCCUCAGAGGACCAGCUACAGUUCUCACUGUUUACCUCAGAAAGCAACCUGACAGGACAAACACUGUGCAUCCGAGUGCAGCCUUUACUGCGGGUUACGUCAGACCUGACAGUUGCCAACAGAGUGGCCCAUCUGCUGACAAGAAAGGACCUCGAUGCUGCUGAGCUUGCUAACAGGACUAACAGUGACCCCACAUUUGACGUGACAGAGCCCCCUCUCCACAGCAGACUUGUACGAAGAGCAGGCAGGGACACUGCCUUGGAAGAUGUUACUCUGUUCACUCAGAGGGAUAUUGACCAAGGACUGCUGAUGCUCGAGCCGCAUGCCAAUCUGACGGGCCCCAGCAGCCUCAAUGACUCCUUCACAUUUCUGCUCAGGGCAGACCAUGUCCAACCAGCAAUAGGGUGUCUCCCCUUCACCAUAGUGCCACCUGGCCCCUUUCUUUCGCAGACUUUUACCCCCAAUGUUUCCUUCUUAGUCACUGAUAACCUUGUGACUAUCAGUCUCUCUCAGGAAAAGCCUGUGGUUUCCUCAGAACCCACAACACAGACAGGAACUCUGGGGAAGCUGACCCAGACCAGAUGGCCGGAAGCAGCUCCCUGGGGACGACACGGUGGUGAAGAGCCCACUCUGGAUAUCACGGCUUCUCCCACCAGAGUCAUUUGGUCACCAGAUGCCACCAGAGCCAGCCCUGGGGCCCACACCCAGCCCUGGGAGAGCAGUCAGCCUCUGAUGGUCAUCAUACCACUGACAGUGGUGCUCUUCCUGCUAACAGGAACCGUGGUGGCCUUGUGUGUCUGGCUGCUGGGCCGGAAGGCAGAGAAGGCAAAACCUCUUACUAAGCCCCAGAUCGACCUAGAACCCACAACCAUGGGUCCUAGGCCAGAAAGGAGCGCAGCAGUCCCCACUGUCACAGUGACGCCUCUCCUGAGAAGCUCCGGCAGUCCUCCAGUCAGUCUUUUCAGGGCCCCACAGUGUGAGCGCAUGGAGAAGUCUCCGGCUUCCGAGCCAGCAGAAAUAUGUGCUCCUUGGGAGACAUGGGUGAAUUUGGAUCCUGACAUGGUCCAGCUCUGCCGACAGACCAACCCAGCACUGAAGCGCAAGCAGUACUGGGUGUAG